AUGGAAUUUGUGUUCCUGGCCUAUCCCUCCUGCCCAGAACUGCAUAUUCUGUCCUUCCUUGGGGUCAGCCUGGUUUAUGGUUUGAUCAUCACUGGGAACAUUCUCAUUGUGGUGUCCAUUCACACAGAAACCCAUCUAUGCACAUCCAUGUACUAUUUCCUGGGCAGCCUUUCUGGGAUUGAAAUAUGCUACACUGCAGUGGUGGUGCCCCAUAUCCUGGCCAACACCCUACAGUCAGAGAAGACCAUCACUCUCCUGGGCUGUGCCACCCAGAUGGCUUUCUUCAUUGCACUGGGCAGUGCUGAUUGCUUCCUCUUGGCUGCCAUGGCCUAUGACCGCUAUGUGGCCAUUUGCCACCCGUUGCAGUACCCUCUCCUCAUGACAUUGACUCUUUGUGUCCACUUGGUUGUGGCAUCAGUCAUCAGUGGUCUGUUCCUGUCCUUACAACUGGUGGCCUUCAUCUUCUCUCUGCCAUUCUGCCAGGCUCGGGGCAUUGAGCACUUCUUUUGUGAUGUGCCACCAGUUAUGCAUGUUGUUUGUGCUCAGAGUCACAUUCAUGAGCAGUCAGUGCUGGUGGCAGCCAUACUGCCAUUCUUCCUCAUCACCACCUCCUACACCUUCAUAGUGGCUGCUCUGCUCAAGAUCCACUCAGCUGCUGGCCGCCACCGGGCCUUCUCCACCUGCUCUUCCCACCUCACUGUGGUGCUGCUGCAGUAUGGCUCCUGUGCCUUCAUGUACCUGUGCCCCAGCUCCAGCUACAACCCCAAGCAAGAUCAGUUCAUCUCACUGGUGUACACAUUGGGAACCCCACUGCUCAACCCACUUAUCUAUGCCCUGAGGAACAGUGAGAUGAAAGGGGCCGUAGGGAGAGUUCUUACCAGGAACUGCCUUUCCCAGAACAGCUAG